AACAAUUUUUGACGAUAUACACAUUUUAAUAGCAAAAUAACAAGAAACUUAGCACAAAUUAUUCACAAUAAAUAACCUUUAGAAACUCUGCAAAUAUUAUUAGCGUUAUAAAAUAUUCACCAAAUAUUAAUUUGCUAAAAAUAAUAUAAUAACUAUUGUCAAUAAUUACAAUAAAACUAAUCAUCUGAAAAUAUGGCUUUCUCAACGCGAUUCAAAGAUAUGUACAGGAAAAAAAGAAUAAUUUUGGAAGAGAUGCCUAGGAAAAGACCUCGAUUUUUGAGUAUUACCUAUGUGCCAUAUUUAGGUAAACCAACUGCUUACAAUCCAUUGUUAGAAAACUUUGAUAAUAUUACAAAGUGGCUAUAUCUAAGAGAUUUGAACCUAUCAAACAAUAAUAUUGAAAAAGUGCCAAUGUACUUGGGCAUUUUACCAUUUCUUCAACGACUUAAUCUGUCACGAAAUGAAAUUGGAUCUUUUUAUUUGCAUAAAUGGUUGUGUUUAAGGCAAGCUGCUCUUCGGAAAAAUUUAAGUUUUCUAGACAUAAGCUAUAAUUCACUAAUCAAAUUACCAGAAUAUAUCAUUAAGUUAGAUGCUUUAGUGGAAUUAAAUAUUAGCCAUAAUGAUAUAAGGAUCUUGCCACAUAACAUUGGAAAGAUGAAAAAUCUUAAAAUUUUGAAUUUGUCGCAUAACUCGUUAACAUAUUUACCAAUAGAAAUCCUUAAUUUAUUCUUACGAACUAUUGACGUUUCAAUGAAUCCAUUUGUAGGCCCUGAUCGUAUAAAGACUUCUGAACGUACAGUAAUAGGACGUGAAGAAAUACCAACUCUUAUCCAACUUACAUCGAGAAUAGUGAGAAAAUAUCGUCCAGAACGUGUACCAUUUUUUACCAUAUCUAUUGAUGGAAGAUGAGGAUAUAACAAAAUAUUGCGGUUUAUGCGAAGAAAUUAUUUUUAAAGUUCCCUAUGUAUAUGCAUUGGCAACAUCGGGCAAUUUAAGCGAUUUAGCUAAGAACGUGACAGCCAAAAUGUCGGAAAAUCUACAUCAACUGGUGCCAUUUGAAUAUUAUUAUUGUUAUCCCGUUUGCAAGUCGGACUACA